AUGUCUCCAGCUCACACCGGCGAGGAGACUCCUCUACUAAGCACCUCUGCAUCCUCAUCUGAAACUGUGGCUCCCGAUCUGAGACACCAUACUACGCAUGGAUCAACCGACACUCAGAAUCGAGGAAGCUUCUCGGGAAGUGCCAAGAGUAUAGGGCUGACGAUUGGACUGAGCUCUGGAAGUUCAAAUACCCUUAGUCAAACGAGCGGCAACGGCGCCAGCUCCGAAAGUCUACAUCUCAAACGGUCCUCUUUUGAUACUGAGAGCUCGACAGAUACAGAGCAGCCGCUCAUCGACGACGAUCUCAAGGAUUUGUCUCCGACUGUUCGUGAAACGGUGCCUUUGACCGAUGAUCCCACGGUGCCGGUGAUCACGUUCCGGUACUUUGUGCUUUCAACGUUGUUCAUCGUUCCUGGUGCGUUCAUCGACACUGUCAAUGCGUUCCGGACCACCUCGGCGGCAUAUUCUAUUUUCUUCGUGCAGAUUGCGGGCCAUGCGGCUGGGAAAUGGAUGGCGCGCGUGCUUCCUAAGCGUCGUGUGCGGUUGUUGGGGCUUCUGUUUGACCUCAAUCCUGGCCCGUGGUCAGUCAAGGAAACGACCCUCCUCACCAUCACCGCGAAGAGCGGCGCGACAGGAAACUUGGCCACUAACGCGUUGGCGUUGGUUGAGCUUUUCUUUGGCGUCCGUGUGCCCGCGGUUGCCGCCCUUCUGUUCAUGUGGGCGAUAGUGUUCAUAGGCUACUCGUAUGCCGCCAUCGCCAAAAACGUCGUGAGCUACGAUCCGCAGUUCCCGUGGCCGCAGUCUUUGAUGCAAACAGCGCUCUUACAGAGCCAGGCUCGCGAGACGAGCCGCAGUGGCCGGUUGCAGAUGACCGUGUUCUAUUGGUGCGCGCUUGUGUUUUGCUUGUGGCACUUUUUUCCGGAGUUUCUCUUCCCGAUGGUCUCUUCGGUGGCUGUGCUCUGCUAUAUGGCACCAAACAACCCCACUGUCAAUUUCAUUGGCUCUGGCUUGGGAGGAAUGGGGUUCCUCAAUUUCUCCUUUGACUGGGCCAACAUCACGUCUCUGGUGAUGAUCUAUCCGUACUGGGUUCAAGUUAUUCAGUUCAUUGCAUUUGCUCUCGGAGCAUGGGUUCUCAUCCCGCUCGCCAAAUGGUCUCUGUUGUUUUCAUUCAAGCACGGACUCAUGUCAAACAAACUCUUCACUUCAGAUGGGCUUAUCUAUCCUUCGGAGAAGCUCUUGACCGCAGACGGUCUAUUCAACGCCACCGCUUAUGCUCACUAUGGCCCUGUUCAUUUAGGAGCGCAAAGAGCCUGGAACAUGUUUUUUGAUUACGCUGGCUAUUUGUCAGGAAUCGCAUGGGUUGUUCUUUUCGGCUACGACAAACUCAAGCUGAGCUGGUCCGGAACGCGCAAAGCCCACAACGAUAGACUCAACAAGCUUAACAGAGUUUACGAAGAUGUCCCAAUUACAUGGUAUGCGGGUCUUUUUAUCUGCUCGGCCCUCGCUCUUGGCUGGGUCCACUCGGCGGGCUAUUUAUUCAUGCCUUGGUGGACGUGCAUCAUCGGGCUUUUGGUAGGCUCCAUUAUCGUCACUCCCUUGAUGUGGCUUUAUGCCACGUCUAAUUUUCAGCUCCCUAUAGGAACGUUCAACGAGCUCUUGUAUGGCUUUUUGGUUCAAAACCAACCUAACAGACACCCGGGAGGUGCUGCAUUUUUUGGAAGCGUUGCUGGCAACGCUUGGUAUCGUUCACAAUUCCAUCUUGAACUGAUGAAGUUGGGAUUCUAUAAUCACAUUCCGCCCAAAGCUGUCUUUUUUUCGCAAUGCUAUGGAGAGCUUAUUGGAGUUCCAAUUAAUUAUUUCACUUUUAGGUGGGUGAUGUCAACAAAGUGGGACUACUUGAGCGGGAAGUUGAAGGAUCCUUUGCAUCAAUGGACUGGACAGGCAGUUGUGACGUAUCACACUAAUGCUAUUCAGUAUGUUGUCUUGGGACCCAAGAGAUUGUUUCAGAACUAUCCACUCUUGCCUUAUGGAUUUGUUCUUGGAGUCGUGGCACCACUCUGUGUCUUUUUACUUCAUAAACGGUUUCCUAAAAGUGGCUUACAGUUCCAUCUAUGGAACACGACGGUUUUUUUCGCCACCAUGAGCCAUUUCUAUGGUAACAUUUCCACUGGAUAUCUUUCGAAAUUCAUUGCCGGCACGUUUGUCAUGCUUUACGUUUACCGGUAUCGACACAAAUUAUGGCGCAAAUAUAAUUAUGUUGUCGCUGCCGGGCUUGAUACUGGGUUUAAUCUCGCGUUAUCGAUUCUAUUUAUUGUCUUCUCUUUUGGUGUCACGGCUCCUAAUUGGUUUGGAAACAACGCCGACAACAUCGAACGAUGCUUUGCUUUGUGA